GUAUGUAUUUUUGCAAAAUCCGUGGUCCCAUAUAUACCAUUUUGAAUCAUCAUACAAAACAAUAGUUUAGUCUCUUUUAUUUUAACAACCCUUCAAAGUUGUUAUAAAUUCUAUUUCAUUAAAGAAAGAGAGGUCUAAGUCUAACACAAGCUUUCAUCUCCGGGAAAGAUAUGGAUGGAUCAUCAAGUAUUAUUCCGGUAGAGAAAGUGGCCGGAGAUGAGAAAAGAGAGCUUCAAGGGCUUCUUAAGGCGGCGGUUCAAUCUGUGGAGUGGACUUAUAGUGUCUUCUGGCAAUACUGUCCUCAACAACGGGUAUUGGUGUGGGGAAAUGGAUACUACAACGGUGCAAUAAAGACGAGGAAGACAACUCAACCAGCCGAGGUAACAGCAGAAGAAGCUGCACUAGAGAGGAGCCAACAGCUAAGGGAGCUUUACGAGACGCUUUUAGCCGGAGAAUCAACGUCGGAAGCAAGAGCAUGCACCGCGUUAUCGCCGGAGGAUUUGACCGAGACAGAAUGGUUUUAUCUUAUGUGUGUCUCUUUCUCUUUCCCUCCUCCUUCAGGUAUUUUGUUUUUUUGUAGGAUGCCAGGAAAAGCGUAUGGAAGGAGGAAGCACGUAUGGCUAAGUAGUGCAAAUGAAGUUGACAGUAAAACUUUUUCUAGGGCUAUUCUUGCUAAGAGUGCCAAAAUUCAGACUCUGGUUUGCAUUCCUAUGCUUGAUGGUGUUGUGGAACUUGGUACAACUAAGAAGGUAAAAGAAGAUGUAGAGUUUGUUGAGCUUAUAAAGAGUUUCUUCAUUGGCCACUCUAGUUCAAACCCAAAGCCUGCUCUUUCUGAACACUCCACUUACGAAGUGCAUGAAGAAGCCGAAGAAGAAGAACAAGAAGAACAAGAAGAAGAAGUUGAAGAAGAGAUGACAAUGUCAGAGGAGAUGAUGAUUGGCUCUCCUGAUGAUGAUGAUGUCUCCAAUCAAAAUCUACGUUCUGAUCUUCAAGUAGAAUCAACUCACACGUUAGAUACACACAUGGACAUGAUGAACCUAAUGGAGGAAGGGAACUAUUCUCAGACAGUAACAACACUUCUCAUGUCACAUCCCAAUAGUCUUCUUUCAGAUUCAGUUUCCACAUCUUCUUACGUCCAAUCAUCUUUUUCCACGUGGAGGGUUGAGAAUGUACUCAAAGACCAUCAGCGAGUGGAGUCUCAAUGGAUGCUCAAACACAUGAUCUUGAGAGUUCCUUUCCUCCAUGACAACAACACUAAAGACAAGAGUCUACCCCGGGAAGAGCUGAACCAUGUAGUGGCAGAGCGACGAAGAAGAGAGAAGUUGAAUGAGAAGUUCAUAACAUUGAGAUCAAUGGUUCCGUUUGUGACCAAGAUGGAUAAAGUAUCAAUCCUUGGAGACACCAUUGAGUACGUGAAUCAUCUUCGGAAGAGGGUACAUGAGCUUGAGACUACUCAUCUUGAACAGCAACAACAAAAGCGGACGCGUACUUGUAAGAGAAAAACAUCAGAGGAAGUAGUGGAGGUUUCCAUCAUAGAGAGUGAUGUUUUGUUAGAGAUGAGAUGUGAGUACCGAGAUGGUUUGUUGCUUGACAUUCUUCAGGUUCUUCAUGACCUUGGUAUAGAGACUACCGCGGUUCAUACUUCGGUGCACGACCGUGAUUUCGAGGCGGAGAUUAGGGCUAAACUGAGAGGGAAGAAAGCAAGUAUAGCUGAGGUCAAAAGAGCCAUCCACCAAGUCAUUAUACAUAUUAAUACUAAUCUAUAGAUCCUAACUUUAUAUAUUGAUGCCAACUCUAGAUUAUAAAGAUAACUAAACGUACCGAUAAUGCAACAUAUAUAAAUGCAAAUGGACUAAAUCAUGUUAUAUUUGAUAAUUACCAUUUGCAA